AUGGCCUCGGGGUGUGUGAGGACCUUUGAAAUGGAGGAACAGCAGGAGGAAGCGCUAACCUUGAACAUGAUGAGCGGGAAAAAGAAGGUUGCCGGCGGGCAGACGCAAAACAGGCAAUUUCAAUUCAAGUCUGCACAGACCGCAGAAAAAAAGCUUGAAACGGCCUUCAGCUGCGUUGCACCGCAAAUACCCAGCCGGCUACUGUCCACCUUACUAGGCUGUGCUGAAAAGCAAAAUUGAAGUUCGAAAACGAACAUUCUAAGAACUGUAGGGAAAACUUCUCAAACGUAGCCCUAUGUACUUUCUAAGAAUCUGGUGAUUUCAGAUUCAAAGACGUCUUGGGCAUCCGGAGAAUCUCAACGCUUCGAUCUUGGGCGGAAUCUUGAGAAGGGCCAAAUCGAAAAAUGGUGGACGAGAGCUUCGUGAAACCUUGGAGAAACUAGGACUCAAUUUGCCAGCCGGAAGAAGGAAGUCGGCUACAGUUACGCUCUUGACUUCAAUGGUAGAAGGUAAGUAUACAUAUUUUUAUCAUUUGAGCUUGUAUAUUAUCAGUUACUUUUUUGUUAGUUUCUUGGAUUCUAGCCAACGCAAAUCUUGUAGUGUUUCCCUGUUUCACUCGAGAAUCGGAAGGUAAAAUAUGGAGUGGUGUUAGUUUCUCGACUUUUUUGGUUGUUGAAAACAGUCUGUGACUUUGCUCAAAUGCCGAUUGCUCGCGACCAAAAGUAAACGGUAAACUAGUCAACAAGAAAUACUGCGUUUGCUCCCCUCGGGGUGGGAAAAACGUAAAUAAAAAGGUCUUUUCAUAGCAGCCAGUACAAUAUGAUUAGAUCUGAAUAUAUUUCCCACAAGUUUUGGUUUUUCGAAAAAAAAAACCUUGGUUACAAGCCAGAAGCAUUUGCGUAAAAUUAAGUAAUGCUCAGACCCCAGAAAGUUUCAAAUUUUUAGCCGGUGAAAUUUUUUUCUGAAAUUAUGAAAAAAAGGAAAAAUUGAAUGGCGAAGGAAUUCGUGUUACUGGCUAUAAAUCCUCGAGAUUUAUACAAAAAAACUUCAAAAAAACAGCUUUUUUCUUUGAAAUCUACCAGGAAUGUCAACUGAUCCGUUGGGAAAUUGAAACCGCUUCGAAUAAAUGAUGACCUCAUUAAAUAUAAUAAUAAACUGAUCAAGCUUUUUUCCAAGUUUUUGAAUGAUAAAAGUAAUAAAUUAUAACUGAAAAUUACCUGUCAGCUGAAUAUAGUUAUAAUUUCUCAUUAUAUUGUUUUGCAGGAGAAGCCGAGCACCUUGGACGCGACUUUUCCUACAUUUGUGAGAAGGAAUUUCCGGCCAAAGCGUUAGGACAGCACGUGGUAGCCACCAGGAAGAAGCUCGACUCGGAGAACAUACAGAAACGGCGCGAAGAUCUCAACACCGCCUUGUAAGUGUCUCUUGAAUCCAGCUUCCAAAAAAUUAUUUUUUGAAAAAAGACGAUCAAAUUCGAAUUUUCAGAGCUGUGGUCAACGAAAUGAUAAAUAUGAUGAGUAAGCCGAUUGAUCCUGCCCUCAAAGAGCCUCUCGACACUUUCAACCUUUACACUCACAAUUUUGGAACUACCGCUCUGCUGGCCGGCUACUUGACGAUGAAAAGGUGGGUAAAAUCAUACAUUCUUUUUCUUGAAUUAUUCAAAGAUCUUUCAAAUUAUAAAGCAUCUCUUUCUCUUUGCAGAUUCAUCGAAGCACAAAUCCAAUGUCUCACGGAAGUCACUUUAAAGCCGAAACCAACAGCAACAGAAGCUUCGAUUAACCAGGCCAACAUCCUUCUGAGCAUUCCGGCUUUCCAAAACUCCAACUUCUCCGCGUUAGCUUCGUUCCUGAAACUGGCGGAAGCCAACAAAGCCCAGUUUUAA